AUGGCAACUACAGAUCUUGAUCAGCUGCUCAUGAUGGGCUUCGACAAAGAGCGGAGCGAGAUGGCGCUGAAGAGCAGCGGAAAUCUAGCCGACGCGAUUGACUGGUUAGACGCCAACUCAUCGAAAUCAAUCGAAGAAAUCAAGGCCGACAAGGAGUCGGCAGCCCAGGUCAAAGCCGUGGAAGAGGCCGAACAAGCGAAGAGUCUGGUCUGCAACGAGUGUGGGAAGAAGUUCAGAGGGACCGCCCAAGCAGAAUUCCACGCAUCGAAAUCCGGCCAUACCGACUUUGCAGAGUCUACUGAGGAGAUCGCUCCCUUGACGGAAGAAGAAAAGGCGGCGAAACUGGCUGAUCUCAGAGAGAAGCUAGCAGCGAAACGGGCCGCCCAGUCAGAGCAGGACAAGAUCGACCAGAAGCGGAACGAACAGAUCAAUCGCAAAAAGACCAAGGAGACGGAAGACCUCAAGGAGCAACUGAGGAUCAAGGAACAACUGAAGGAGGCCGAAAAGAAAAAGCAAGAAAAACAACGAGAGAUCGAAGCCAAGAAGCGGAUACAGGCAAAGAUUGCAGCUGACAAGGAGGAGCGCAGACUGAAGGCUGAGCGAGAAAAGGCCGAACGGGCUGGACAGGCCCUUCCGGUCCAAGCAGCAUCCGUUCCCGUUGCGGCUCCGACACAGUCCAAGCCUGCUUCAGAGUACAAGGAGACGCGUCUGAGACUGCAAACGGCAAGCGGCAACAUCAUGAAGACCUUCCCAGUCGAGACGACGCUGUUCGAGGUCGCCGCGGCGGUAGGAGAGGAGAUUGGGAGGGAUGUUGAGAGUUUUACACAGACCUUCCCUCGUAAGGUGUUUGGUCAGGACUUCUUCGGAGAGAGCUUGAAGGACCUGAAGUUGGUGCCGAGCGCCAGCCUGAUCGUCAAGUAG